GCGGAGGACAAAUGCUUUUGAAAUAGAUUUUGCUGUUCUUAAACGUUUAAAUGAAAAAACCCUUUUUAAGUUUUUAUUUGAGCCUGUUCUGUCAUCGCCGUGGUACUGCAUACUAACACAUACACGUGUGUAACUGAUUAAGCCCUUCACGACUGCAUGUUUGUUAUUCGACGUUGUGCAGACUGGCGUAAUAACGUGUUCGGCUGCUAAGCUUUGUAUGUUUGUAUCUAUGCAUGUCGUUUGCGUGUGAUGCCUAUCUCGAAGAAAACUGCAACAAACAUGGCCACCUUGUUGCAUUUAGCAGUGCUACAGAGAUAAACGAGAAAACCGUAGGAACUGGGUUAGCAAGUACUCCUUUCCGGCGGCGAUGGACACGAUGUCAGCCUCAGAAAAGAACGAAGACACCAUCUCCUUCUGUCCCUCUGAUGUGACGCAGUCUGCCAGUGUACCUGUCCGUGCUGUCAACACGGCUCAAGAUACAAGAGAGAGCCAACAGAUGAAGUAUGCUGCUUGUGUCUGGGAUGGAGAUAGUGAAGAAAGCAUCACCAGCUAUCUUCUGCAAGAAAUCGAUUUCCUCUCGCUUACAUCUCUUGACAAGGAUGAGCUGCAAGUUCAGAGGAUGCCAACAACCGUUGCAUCACAAGAGAUUGGAAUCAAGACCACCACAGACAACAAAAACAGCCAUCAAGACCGAAGUGGUGGACAUCAUGAAGAAGCUGGACGAGUGUCCACUCCAAUAAAUUCUGAAGACCAUGCAUUUGCCUUUUCUAGCUCAUACAUCAACACUCCACCCAAAGAUAUCAGUCUUCCAGAUGACUUUGACUUUUUAACAUACAGUGACAGUCUUGAGUCGAAUUUGAAUCAUGACCACCAUCCAGCCUGGUCUGAAGAAGGCAGAGGUGAGAUCAAUAUCAGAGAAACAGAUUCUGAAGAAAAUAUAAUUAUCGCGAAGAUGGAAUCAAGUGAUGGAAUGUGGACACAAAUAAAAAUGCGUGACAAGAAAUGUGAAUCUCAGGAACAAAGCUCUUUCAGAAAUCAAGCUAUAUUCCAACUCAAAGAACCAAGAAGAGAUGUCAAUGAGCCAAGAAGACCAAAGAAUGGAUUCAUUCGAUUUUCCAUCAAAUUCCGCAGCGAAGUUGCAAAGAAGCACCCGAAGCUUGAUAACAGAGAAAUUUCAAAGAUGCUAGGUUUUCGCUGGAGAAGAAUGUCUGCUGAGGAGAAAAAACCUUAUGAGGAAGAAUUUGCCAAAGACAUCCGAAGAAUCAGAGACAAUAAUCCAACAUGGCGCUAUGCACCAGCAAAAAGGUCAAUAGAAGAACUUGUGGAGCCUAUGCCAAACAGACUUCGACCCAGAGAAAAGCUUAAACGCAAAAGCAAAGACUGGGUGUUCACAUCUGAAACCUGUACGGAGCACAGUGGAAGAGGAUCAUCAAUACAAAUGGAUGCUACUACGUGGGUGCAAUGUGAUUUGUGUAACCACUGGCGACCUCUCUCUGGUCAUAUUGAAAUGGAAGACUUGCCUGAGAAGUGGUACUGCUAUAUGAACCCCGACACCCGUUUUAACGUGUGCAACCCGGGUGUGUUCAUGGCAGAGCAAUGCGACAGAACCAAAUCCCACUUGCCCUCUCUCUUCCAUAUGUACCCACAUCAUCAGCCUGCCUUCAGUAGUUGUAACAUGAGCUGUACCAGUCAACAGCAGUGAAAAUAUACACUGGAUAAUGCAAGAAAAAAAUUAUGAGUUGCACCAGCCAACAGCAGUAAAUAUGAGCCUUAUAGCACGAGUCAAAAGCAGUGAAAGUAACCAACGGAUCUGGAAGACAGGCAUAAUAACUCAAGCAUCCCAUCAGAUGAUGCAAGAUGAACCAUACACUGCUUAAAUGCCAACUAAAAAUUUAUUCUCCGCAAGACAUUGAAAAUUACAAAAAUGCUUUGUUAAAUACUUACUGAUCAAAGUAGUUUCAGUAUGGACUGCUUGUAUUUCAGGUUUGCCUCAAUAAAAGCAAACUUGUUUGACGAAUAAUGUACAAAGAUGUGCAUGUUGAUUUUGGCUGACAUAAUGUUAGGUGCAGACAUUGCAGUAGAUAUGCUUUUUGAAAUUUCACAAUCUGAAAAUAUGCUCUAUGAUUUCCAGAAGAUUGGAAAGAAAAACCAUUAAAAAAAAUUGUUAUGACAUUAUUAAAUAUCUUCAUGGAACUGAAGGCAAGACUAAUCAGUGAAUAGUGUGUGGGUUAACUAAUGAUGUAAAUGUGAAUGUUGCACUCUUUCCCCAAAUCUAAAAGUUGUAGGUCUUUUAAGUUCAGUCAGUAGUGUAAUAAAAUCUACAACCUCAACAAAGACAAAAUCCAGUCUUCAGCAAAUUCACCAUUAAACAUACACCAUAUAGUGUGCUGAUUUUUAAUUACUUCUACAGGUCUUACAAACAAGGCAAAAAUAAAUGCCCUGGGUCCGCUCCUUUUCCAAACAGACAAAAGCAAAAUAAUACUUUGAUGCGUUUUGGUAGGGAAAAGGGGUUUUAGAGGGGCACAAAGAUACCUGCACAGCAAGAAAUUCUUUCCUUCACAUUUCUUACAGCAUCAAAAAUGUGAACACCAUAGACCAUCAUCAAUGAUAACUAAACCAGGUUGUGUGGCUCCUUUGUAUGCUCAUGUGAAGCUAGGCAUAAUACAUUCAGAUGAAAUAGUUCUCACUCUCACUGUCGAUCAAAUGGGGCUCCCCCACCUACCCAUUCCCACCCCAAAAACCUGGUAAACAGAAAAUAAAUAGGCUCCAACAAAUUAAUACAACUCAAUUAACUCAUUCACAAUGCCUUGGAAUGCCAUUUAAAAUAGAGUGCACAACAUCUGACGACAAAUUGUAGGUGAGCUUCCAAUAAUUUAUAAUUUCUUUUACUUGAAGGAGACGUUCAAGGAAAGGAACUACAGCAAUUAAUAGUGGAAUCAGUUAUCUAUAGUUGCACAGUGUAUUUCCAAAUGGCAAAAAACAAGAAGCAGGCAUGCAUGUAUUGAUUCUAGCUCUUAGCCAAGAUGAGACGAGCACUUCAGCAGGUUAUUGUCUCUUGGAAAGUCAAAUUGCAAGUAUUUUUAUCUAAAUACAAUGAUCAACUAAAAAUCAAUAUUGUAAAUGAUGUGCUGUCACCAUGAGUGGUAUGAUUAGAUCUGAAGUACAGUAUGCUUAGACCUGAAGUUUGGCUAUGUGCUGGACCCUCCCACUAUGACAGUGCAACUACAUUUUUGAACUGAAUAUAAAUGAAAAUAAAGCACAUCACCAAUUUGAAGUGAGAACAACCGUUCAGAACAGAUUGUUUAGAAGUAGUUUUUCCAUGAUAAGUUAUCGUAAUAUCUUUCAUUUUUAAUUUUUUUAAGUGCCAUUGUUUAAAGAAAGGAAGUACCUUAAGAAUGGUGUCAUGAAUGAGUUAAUAUAUCUAUAACUACAUCCUACUAUAAUAAGGUUAUAGUAUCUAAGUCAAAUAAAACCAUAAAAAUAAAUUUCAUAGACAGCCUCAGCUUUUAUUAAAUUAUUGACCUUCACAAAUAGAUCCACUGCAUGCUGAACAACCCUAUCAAAGGAACCAUGCAGGCAAAUUGCAAAAAACAGCAAGAAUAUAGCUCAGUUAAGCAUGUCACAAUAUCCCUGAAUUUCACAAUUUUAUGCAUCUUCACAUUUUUAAGCCACAUCAGUAUUAUCAUACUUAUUAUACAGGAUUUUGUUAAAGCUAAACAAUAAAAAACAGUCUAAACACAUUGCAACACAAUGCAACAGCAGAAAUAUAACUUGUGCAGAGCACAUUUACAGUAAUCUGUGAGAUAUUUGACAUUACAGUUCUGAGAUUUUCCAAAUCUACUUUCUAUAGAGGGGAAACAAUGACAUAGGGCACUCUGUACGGAAUUUCCACUGGAAAUUACAAAACUUAAAACUACUGCACCGAGCGAUCAAAAAAAAAAAAAAAAAGAAA